CUUUCACCUCCCUUUGUGAUGUCGCUGUCAAGACAUUGAGAGUCACAGCAUUACGUCACUCGCCAGGAAGUGGUUUCCUCACACACUCAGCUCGACACAGUCACUCUUCUCCGAGGAACCGUGUCCGCCGCUGCCUCCCGCUCUGCGCUGCCCAAGUAAAGCAUCGUCAUGCUGCCGGGUCACCUGCUUGAGCUACCGCUCUACGCCGCUCUGCUGUUUCUUGUGCGCCACGUUUCAACGCAACCUGUACAGGAGCAGAUUCCCAUCGACCUUUAUUCCCGAGACACACACUCGACCUGCCCAUUCCUGGCGGAGGUGGGACAGGGACAUGCGCUGGCGCGUGUCACCCUCAAGAAAUCCCUCGUUUUCGAUCUGAAACCCAACUUGCCGGCCAUGAGUAUGGAGUUUGUGGGGAACAAUAUGAUGUACAAGGCUAUAGUGUCCGGCUCGUUUAUAGAGCUGAUCCAAUGUGACGUGAACGGACAGAACUGUGAUACUGUGAACGCGGGUGGGAGCAAGAGCAAGCCUUACCUGAUGACAAACGAAUGGAACAAAAUUCAUGUGAACCAAAGCUCUGGCCAGGUAAGCGUGGGCAUCAACAACAACUUAAUGCACAGCAUGAAAAUGAUGAGGAGCAAUGGAUCAAGCAAGGGUAGCGGCGUCGGGCAAGUGACCUUCGUAGUGCUCCCAGCUAAGCCCUCCUACCACGCCUCGCUAAAGAUUCCCUGCUCCGACGGAUUGCCAGAGAUACUGACGGAACAUCCUAUCCUGCCCUCCACGACUAGUACCACCAUCUCUACCCUACAGCCCGAAACACCAUACAAGAAGUGUCCAUUGUACCAGGUGGAGAUGAAUCAUCCGUCGGCCCCUGCUCCUUUGAUUAACAAUCUAACACUGGCAGUGUACCCGAGCCAUCCUUCACUGCUCCUCAUCAUCGCCAAUGAGAUCAGCUACUUCAAGGUCCAAGUGUAUGGUCCGAGUGUGAGGCUGUUGGAGUGCCAAGUGACAGGCCGAAAAUGUGUGUUCAAGGAUGAAGUACACCUUUCCAUCGAGCCUGAAACAUGGAACUUUGUUACUGUUUCUUUACAGGAUGACAAGAUCUUCAUAAACAUACGAGUGAACGAGAGGGAAGAAAUGCUGACGACAGAUGUGCCUUCGACCUUCCGCAGAGGUCUCACUGUGACCGCCUACGCUCCUGAAAAGUUGCAGAGUUUAAAUGCUUGGGAUUACUACGUGGCCUUCGUCAACGUGAAAUGUGAGGUCAUUGAACAGAUUGAACAGACGAUGACGUGGCAAAUAUUAUUCCCUACCACCACACCAACAAGUCUACCUACCAAUGCACCAAUCGUCGAAAACACCACGGUGACUAAUACAGCACCAGGAUUCUCUCGGGAUUUGGGCAUAGUAGUAGGUGUGUUGGUGGGAGUGUUACUCAUUAUCGCCUUGGCAAUCAUCAUUUCCACUGUGGUGAAGAAACGACGCUCAGCUGCCAUCACUGAACAGUCGCCACUUCAAAAUCAAUUUCAACAGCAAGACUGAUACUAAGAUAAAGAACUUCAUAAUGAGAAGCACACUGACCUAAGCUUUAAUUUUUAGUAUCUAAGAAUAGCCGUACUAUAAUUUUCCCAUUUCAUGACACGUGCCUGUAGUCAUGAACUCGGUGACUACAAUAUUAUAGUCCCACACCUCUUCUAUUGUUUUUAAAUAAGUUUUAAUGCAUGUAUUCUUCGUCUCAAGUUUUCUCUCUUUAACUGUCCUAUUGCAGCUGUGAUAAACAGUCACUGUUCUACAAAGCCUAUCAAACGUGGUGAUUCUCUGGGUUCUAUCCUGUCACCCACUAUUUUCUUAUUAUUCAUCAAUGAUCUACACCAAACUUCUUGUCCUGUCCAUUCCUACGCUGAUGUUACUACCUUGCACUUUUAUGUCUUUUCCUCCAACCCUUCAGCAGGUAACCAGAGCUCAUGCAGGGAAACCAUAGAAUCUUUGACUCAAUUUUUCUAAAAUUUGUUAUUGGGUUGGACAAAUUAGGCACUGUUCAAUGCCCUCAACUCGACACAACCUUUCAGAUAAAUAUCCCCUCUUCUUUAAUCACUCAACUAUCCCUCUA